GGAUACCAGUUGGAUUUCUAUGUACAUGAUAGGCCUAAUGAUGCCAAUGAUGCUUGUGUCAGGCACGUAGGAUUUAGUUUUCUGCUACCUCUAGACUUAAAGAGCGCUACAGGAACUAGAAAAGUUCCCAUCACCGGCCUUUCACAUAGACCAAUAGGACAAAUCAUUUUCAAGUAUCUGAUAGUGAAGCCUAUGAUAAGUUCCUGUUUCAAUAUGAAGCAAACAUUCCAGCGUUACUGGAAGUCUACUCGUAAACCUGUAGAUGUUGGCCAUAGAGGACUUGGUAGCUCAUAUAAAUGCAAGAAGUUGGCCAUUGUAGUGGAAAACACCAUUAAGUCAUUACAAGAAGCAGCCAAUCACGGAGCAGAUUUUGUAGAAUUUGAUGUACAUCUGACAAAAGAUGAAGUACCUGUGAUUUAUCAUGAUUUCAAAAUUCUCAUAACUUACAGAAAGAAAAAGCGAGAUGACCUGGAGUUGUUUGAGGUGCCUGUGAAGGAUAUUGCUUUAUCUGAACUUCAACAGAUGAAGCUAUCUCAUCCUGCUUACCAGAGGGAACAUAAAUAUGAGGGUAUACAAGAAGAUGACAUGGAUCCAGAAGAUCUCCAGCCAUUCCCUACCUUAGAACGUUUAUUUGAUACUGUUGACAAACAUACAGGCUUCAAUGUUGAAGUUAAAUACCCAUUGUUAAAAGCGAAUGGGACAGGAAUGAUAAGUGACUAUUUCGAUAUGAACCGAUUUGUGGACAUUAUUUUAGCAGUAGUCUUUAAGAAGCACAAAGGAAGACGUAUUGUGUUUUCAAGUUUUGACCCAGAUAUUUGUUCAAUGUUACGUUUGAAACAGAAUGUAUUCCCAGUGUUGUUUCUUACACAGGGUAUUGCCCCUAGAUAUACACCAUAUGAUGACAUGAGAACAAAGUCAGUUGAGAUUGCCACAGAAUUUGCCCUUAGUGCAGGACUAUUGGGAAUAGAUGUGUUGUCUGAUAUGUUAGUUGAAGAUAUGUCUCUGAUCAAGUAUGUGAAAGAUGCAGGACUGGUACUGUUUCUGUGGGGAGAAGGUUGCAAUGAUAAAAGAAUGAUUCAAAAGUUCAAGGAUGCCAAAGUUGAUGGUAUUAUAUACGAUAG